CCUUCUCGCGAGAGCUGAUGAUAACCAUACAUGAAUUAGCACAAUUCCGCAUUCUCCGACUGUGAGAGCACGACGACGAGAGUUCAGUGAUCGAAUUCGUGAUCCAGAGUUCGCCUAUUCGGGCGCCCGUUCCUAGUGCAAGAUGACACCGGCGGAUUUCGGGUUGGAGUCGCUCUACAGACUGCAGCCAAUCACGACGAAAGAAGAUGCUCUGAUUAUUCUGGUGCAUUUCGUUCUGUCAAAAAACGGAUGGCAAUACGUCGGCCGUGGGAACAACUGGUCGACUGAUGAAACGCCAUCUGAAAGUCUUCCACAAGGCUGGAACAGUACGGGAGAUCCAUUCAGAUAUGUGUCGCGAUCGGAUCCGCCGAAGAAGUUCACGAUAAAAUUCGUCGUUCACGACAAAUUCUUGCUUGUCAACAUGGUGUCGUUGAAUGAGGAAACUACGGUCUCUAUGAACAUCAACAUGAGCUCCGAGGUUGAAGGCAAUGAACUUGCGUCGAAUGUUCCGAAGAAAGUCUACCCCAACCUUCUGACAUUGAUCAACAACAUCUACGAUCAACUCAUCCGUCCUUGUGAAGUCUCGUCUCGUUCGGUCGGCACUUCUACUAAAGAAAGCGGAGGAGAAGAUCCGGCGCGUAGAGAACCUCGAGAGCCUGGAUAUUAUGUGCCGGAACCGAGAUACGGUCUCCCGGGAGGUAUUCCACAUGCACCGGAGCCGGGAAUCCAUCCUCUUGGCCGAAGGGAUCUCGACCCAUUCGCAGGCCAUGGACAAGGCGGUGGGAUGAUCGUUGAUCCUUUGAGAAUUGAUCGUUCACGGCAACCUUUGGGUCCUCUCGGUCCCGAUGGAGUACCGCUUCCCCGGGGUGCGGUCCCUCCUGGUGCUCGGUUCGAUCCUUUCGGACCCGGAGGCGCGGGUCCUGAUCCUGACCACUUACCACGAGCCUUCGAUAGAGGGGGUCGAGGAGGAGGGAACUUCGGCGGCUUCGGAGGCGGAGCUUUCGGUCCUUUUUUGUAGAUGAUACACUGUGUAUUUAUCGUUGGAUAGCUGUAUAUCUUCUGAAGCGAGCUAUAAUAAUAAA